GGAAAACAAACACCCGAACGUCUGACAGCGACCUCAAAAAUAACACACUAGCUACGUCCAAUCUGUAUAAUUCACCAAAGUUAAGUGACAUUUCAGAUUCUUGCCCGCCUGAGAUGGCUUGCUUCGGACGCGUCCACUGACCCCAGAGUGUUUCUAGCCCCAGUGGUGCCCAUCUUCCCCAAAGGAUUCUGAAAACAUUGAAGAUGCUGCGAGAGAGCUCAAAGGCAUGGAGCAAUGGCUCAGAGGCCUACAGCAGUGAUCCCGAAGAGGAGGAGGAGGAGGAAGAGGACAUGGUGUUUGGGGAGAGCGAUCAGGACGGCCUUGCAGAUGAGAUGAUGGACCUGAGUGACCUUCCUACAGCGCUCUUUGCGUGCAGCGUCCACGACGCAGUGUUCGAACAGGACACACACAGGGAGAGGUUUGAAGCCUUGUUCCGGAUCUACGAUGAACAGACAACUUUCCAGAUGUUCAAAAGCUUCAGGAGAGUCCGGAUCAACUUCAGCACUCCAGAGGCAGCCGCCCGCGCUCGCAUUGAACUGCACGAAUCGGAGUUCAACGGCCAGAAGCUAAAACUCUACUUUGCUCAGAUCCAGAACGCAGAUGAGGACAUCGAUAAGUCGUACCUGGCACCCCCUCAGCCGGUUAAACAGUUUCUGAUCUCGCCACCUGCCUCGCCACCUGUGGGCUGGAGCCAGAGCGAAGAUGCCACGCCUGUGAUCAACUACGACCUGCUGUGUGCUGUGGCCAAGCUGGGACCAGGUGAAAAAUAUGAACUCCAUGCAGGCACCGAGUCCACCCCCAGCGUGGUCGUCCACGUGUGUGAGAGCGAAACGGAGGAGGACGAGGCGGCGAGGCCGAAGCAGCAGAUCGUCCAGACAAGACGUCCGGACGGGCCCCCCAAGGUCUUCAACUAGAGGGGGCGCCCUCCACUCACCCCGACACCGGCGCGGCCCAAACCGACCGCCCCUUUGAAUCCGCAAACACACCUGCCCUCUCUCUCUCUCGUCUCUGCACUCACGGAGAGCGCCGACGCCCCUCAUUUCAGUUCAACAACAAGCGAAAACAACAACAGACAUUGCUCGAAGACGGCGUUUGUGAGGAGCCCGGCGACCGAAUGAGGCGGCUUGAAAGGGAAUGGAUGAGAAUCACCCCCCCCCCCCCCACACUCAUCACAUUCUGCGGACAGCGUGGGGAGUGGCGGGCACGCUUGCCUCCACCCCACCAGCCCCUCCUAGUUUUCAGCAGGAGGGGUGAAAAUACCUGUCCCGACACAGGCACCUGUCACUUGUCUCACACACACUCGGCUCUCAUCGCUCGUCCCGCUCAGUAGCUUGCUUGCCAGUUUGCUUGUUGGCCGUACCUCUCCUUUCGUAUGUCAUGUGUACAGUAAUCUUUACGUGCGGACAUGCAGCAACUCAAAGCAAAGACAUUUUUCAAUUUUCUUAGUUUCAAUUGUUUUCACUCUCUCUCUUUAUCUCUCUCUCUCUCUCUCUAAUAUAUAUAUAUAUACAUAUAUACAUAUAUAUAGACUUAGAUAUACAUUUUCUAUUUUUUCUUUUUAAUACAAUUUCAUAUCUGCUGUUUGAUGCUUCAGCUUGCAUCGGCAUUGAGUGUGUGAUGUUUUCACUCUGCAUGUAUAUACUGUAUUGGAAAAAAUACGUACAGAAACACAAAUACAAGUUAUAUGAAGAAAAAGGACCCUAUUUAAUGACAAAAACAGCACGAAACGCCAUAUGUGAGUUGUGGUUGUUUAACUUUAAUUUCACUGCUUUUUGUCCUUUUUCUUUCUUUUUUUUUUUCCUUAGGAGAGGUGUUGUUUUUGGCUGACCUGCUGAUGUGUAAUCUUACUGUGUAUUUUAUACCCCAACAUUUUUGCAUGCGUAGUUACUCAGUAGAUGAGGAGCUGAGGUGUAUUAUUAUUUUCUUUUGGUUGUUUGUUUUUUUCUAUUGUCGUUUGUGAUGGCAGGGACAUGCUGUGGCAUAAGUGUAUCCUCCUGCACACAGUUUAAAGUGACGUCUUUCUGGAAAACAAGCUGAACCGAGUUUUGUAAGAUUGACAGUUCCUUCUUUAACCUGAUGGCAAAUUGACAUUUGCUGCUUUUCGAGGAGAUUUGAUGGAUCACUGAGAGUUCACCCCCUAAUUUCUACACGGAGCUUUGGAUGUGUUUUUUUGUUUUUUCUCCCGAAUCCGUUUGUUGCACUCGUCGUCUCCAUGGUCCUGACUGCAUCGUUUGAUCCGAUCCUCCCUCUGUGUCAGGUUCCCCUCUGAGGCCGACACUGCUUGUUUUGCACUGAGAACUUUUUGAUGUCUCCAUGCAUUGGUGGGGCUCCUGACCGUCUCCUGCUGUGCACCCGAACACUGCACUGCUUUUUUGCUGUACAUAUGUGGAAAGAUUGAUUUUAGAUUUUGCACCUUUCAUGGAAGCAUUUCACAGAGAAAAGGGAAAAUUAAGUUUGCCUCAUGAGAUACAAUCUCAUACAGCAACCAAAGCAUUCACUGUCAUUGCAGCAUGAAAUUGUUUUCAGACAUUGAUGUGAAUUGUCAAACUGAGCAGGGAGAAAUAAUGUUUUCUCACAUACCUGUGCGCUGGUUACUUUUCUUGCCGUAUGUCUUCUUAGUGAAAAAACCUUAACUUAUCCUAUUUUACAUUCUUCACCUUUGGAAGCAACUUAACAGAUGUUUGUAACUGGGCUUUUGAGUGUUGGAGGUCAGUCUAAACCUUAUUAAUGCCAUUAGGCUGCAUGAAUUCUACAACUACUUUUUGCUAUACAACAAUAUUAAGAAGCAAAAGAUAAGUCGGUGUGCAUGUGAGUAUUUUACUCUGUGUUUUCUAUUUUUCCUUCUCCACAAAGUCUUUUUUGAGACAAAGUAGGGAGCACAUUCUUCGGUUUCUUUAUUGUAUAUUGAUUUCCUUUUAGCUUGAGCUGAACACCUGGUUAGCCUUUUCACCAGCAUAUUGCAGUGAGUGAAACGCUCCACUUCAUUUUUGCUCGCGUGAACCUUUCAGGCCUUUUGAACGGGAGAGUGUACUUCUCAAAAGGUGCUGACAUGCCGUCCGGUUGCAGGUUUUAAAUGAGGCAGAAUGGCACAGCAGAACAAAUAACAAUAUCUCGUUUAUUGUGUUUGUCCAUGUGAAACAUUGGUCUUAUCUUCUGAGAAAACAAAAAGUCCUAUGAAGCGCACCAUGUUGGCAGAGUGCUCUUUUAUUGUGUUUUGGCACUGCAGGUGAGUCGUCGCAGAUGCAUUUUGAUGGAUGAUGAGAACGAAGAAGCAGUGGAGCAAGAGGAAACACACUCAUGAAGAUUUCUUUCUUUUUUUUGUCUGUGGUUAUUGUGUUUCAAAGUGGUGCACUUUGGUCACAGUGAAACAGAACAUGUAUAUUUUUGUACAUACGAGGUCGUUUUCAUUUCUGUUGCCGAUGACGGUCAUUCGUUUGGCACUGUUGUAACAGAAACAAAAAAAAUGUGUAAACAAGAAGUCUUGAGGAUGUUCGAUCAAAACCAACUGUCGCGGUGUUGUGUUCAACUUGGGUUCAGUUUGAAUGUGGAUUUUAUUUCUGGGGAACAUCUACUAAAAAGCUCAAUACUACCGUUAUAAAUGUCAUUGUUGUAUUGUUUCUGUUGAAUCUAAAUAAUGUGUCUUGUAUUGUAGGAAUCCAGAAAACAAAGUAGCAAAACAAGCAAUAAUUUACAGUUCUGUAAUACCAGUAUGUGUAUUUUACAUGUUCUGUACUUAUUUCUCUGACAUGGCCUCUGUCUCUGACAGUAUCCACUUCUACUUGUGUCGUAUAAUAGUCAUUUGUUUCACAUCAAAAAAUGCAUAAAGACUUAUUCUUAAAACCCA